CUAUUUUUAAUACUGACUUUUACCAGUUCUUUCAAGCACGCUUGCGUUAAUGUUGGUAUACAUGGAUGUUCAUGUUGUUCAUAACACAACUACGCACAGUAGAUGAGGUCAUAUACCUAUCCGCUCGUACAGGUGGUUCUUCCUUCAUUCACGCCGUGCAGUCACUCCGCGAAGUGAGUGCAUGACGUUUUUUCUCAGGGAAUCUCAGUUUAAUUUUUAUUAGUGCAUCUCGUCAUGAUGAUCAAUAACGCGUUAAGUAUUAGGUAUUCAGUGACAAUCAUACUAGUAUUCACAGUUAUAGCUACAUGUAGUAAUUAUACAAAUAUUGAUCUGCCGUCUGAUCACAUCAAGUAUUACUUCAACUCUUUUCCCACGGUAGCUGAAGAAUGCCGCAAUAAUACUGCUUGUCCGUACAAGGAUAGCCUUGAUACCAAAGCUUGUUGGGGUUACGAGCCGGAUUGCAAACCCGAAAAUUCUUUUUCCAUUCCUCAGUGUCCAGGUGAUCACAGGGGAUGGGUGACAACGAAAAAAGCACAGAUAGAAACGUUUUACGCUCAAGGCGAUUUUGGCUACGUACGUGAUCAAAGGAAAGAAAUGUCUAUUUUUUGUGAACCAUUGUUUGUGGACGACUCAUCUUUAGAGUGCUCAGAACAUAUGAGAUUUUGUCGAGCAAGAAACAUAAUGAUUAAUUUCACGGACUUAAUUCGAAGAAAGGAACCCAUACGAUACAAAAUGGAUGUUCUGAAAGAGGGUCAAAUUGGAGGGUACUGCACAUUAAAUGAAAAAAUGUUACAAGAAAACGCGGACCAUAUCAGUCCACUGCAAUCUUGGGGACCUGAAUUACAAAAUUUUCGCAAAUUACCUCGACCGCCAAUCGUCAACCACGACUGUGAUAUUGUGAUCGAAAAGCCAACGUUCAUAAUGAAAAUAGACGCUAUAGUAAAUAUGUAUCAUCAUUUUUGCGACUUUUUCAACUUAUACGCGUCAUUACACGUAAACCUCUCGCACCCCGCUGCAUUCAGCACUGAUAAUCAUAUAAUGAUCUGGGAAAGUUACAGAUAUCGUUCAGCGUUCCAAGACGCCUUUGAAGCUUUCACAACAAAUCCACUUUGGGAUUUAAAUACAUUUCGCGGAGAGACCGUUUGCUUCAAGAAUCUUGUGUUUCCCUUAUUGCCACGGAUGAUUUUUGGUCUUUAUUACAAUACACCACUUAUUUAUGGCUGUGAGAACAGUGGGUUAUUCAAGGCUUUUGGAGAUCAUGUGUUACAUAAGUUACGAAUACCUCUUCAUGAAAGAAAAAACGAAAGGAUACGAGUUACUUUACUUAGCAGAGAUACUCAAUAUCGAAAAAUUUUGAAUGAGGAUGAAUUAACGAAGGCUUUGAAGGAAAAUCCAGAGUACAAAGUUAGAAAGGUAAUUUAUAAUAAAAAAGUACCAUUUAAAAAACAAUUGGAGAUUACAAGAAACUCUGAUAUUUUUAUUGGAAUACAUGGAGCUGGAUUAACGCAUCUUAUGUUUUUGCCAGAUUGGGCAGCAGUAUUUGAGAUAUAUAAUUGUGAAGAUCCAGGAUGUUAUAAAGAUCUUGCUCGUCUACGCGGGGUAAAGUACUUCACGUGGGAAAAUACAUCAAUGCUAGUGCAACAAGAUCCCGGUACACAUCCGGAUGGAGGAGCACACGCAAAAUUCACGAAUUAUAGUUUUGACGUUACAGAGUUUUUACGUAUAGUUUCACAAGCUAGGGAUUACGUAAAAAACCAUGAUUCAUUUAAAAAAUUUAUCAGUAUACAAACGCAACGCAAAACAAAGCACGUUGGAAAAAAGAAUUAUACUAGGACAACAAAUGAUAUAAAUAGGAGUGCAACUCCUAAGUCAAAAGAAGUAACUGAAUUAAAAUCUGACGUCCAAUCCAAAGAUGAAUUAUGAUAAAUAAAUAAUAGACUCCAUAAUUAUUGAUAUUAAUAAUGAACGGACAAAACAAUUUGUUACCAAUUAAGUCUUUUUAAUUGUUUUUAUAUAAAUUAUAAGUGUAUGUAUAUACUUAUUUUAAUAAAAAGAAGGAAUAAAUAUGAA